GGAGUCACAGCGCCGCCUGGCGGACAUAACGGGCGCUGCUGGCGGUGGUGAAGUUGCCGGCGGUUGGUCGGUCGGUCGGUCGGUCGCGGGUCGAAGCGCAAUGUCCGGCGAGUCGACGAAGAAAAGGAAAACCAAAGUGAUUCGGAGCGACAGCGGAGCGGCGGUGGGGGCGGAGAAAGAGGCCAAGAAGCUUCGGGGCGAUGGCGAGCAGGAGACUAAAACAUACACUGAGGAAGGGGAGGUGGAGACGCGGGACCCAGCGAAAGAUUACGAUUUGUACAAGAAAACCUGCGACGACCUUCAAAGACUGAUGGCUGAGAUACACGAGCUGAAGAGUAAAGGAGCCAAAGACACCUCGGCUGAGAUCGAUGAGCGGCGGAUCCAGAGCUGCAUUCACUUCAUGACUUUGAAGAAGUUAAACCGUUUGGCUCACAUCAGGCUAAAAAAGGGUCGAGAUCAAACCCAUGAGGUAAAAAUUAUCAGAGCGAUGGCCAGAUGCCAAACAAAAGUGGACGCUCUUCACCUCCAGCUGCAGAACCUGCUGUACGAGGUGAUGCACCUGCAGAAGGAGAUCACCAAGUGCUUGGAGUUCAAAUCCAAGCAUGAAGAGAUUGACCUGGUGAAUGUAGAGGAGUUUUACCAGUGUGCCCCUCUGGAGAUCAGUAAGCCGACUUUCACCACGAAUGACCCUCACCAGCAGACCUUGGCCCGGCUGGAUUGGGAGCUGGAACAGAGAAAGAGGUUGGCGGAACAAUAUAAAGAGUCGCUCACCAGCAAGGAGAAAAUCCUGAAGGACAUUGACAUCAAAAAGGAAUAUCUGAGCAGCCUCCAGCCGAGGCUCACGAACAUCAUGCAGGCUUCCUUGCCGGUGCAGGAGUACCUGUCAAUGCCGUACGACCAAGCUCACAAACAGUACGAAGUGGCCAGACACCUGCCCCCUCCCUUGUACGUGCUGUACGUUCAGGCCAACGCCUACAGGCAAGCGUGUGAUAAGAACCUGGUGGUAGCUAUCGAAGGGGACGUGGAAGAAGCCAAGGCACUUGCCAGACCACCAGAUGAUUCCCAGGAGGACGAAAGUGACUCCGAAGCAGAAGAGGAGCAGGCCACAACUAAACGCCGUCGCCCGACUCUGGGCCUGCAGUUGGACGAUAAACGCCGAGAAAUGCUGAAGAGACAUCCCUUGUCGGUCACUUUGGAUCUGAAAUACAAAGAUGGGAGCAUGCUUCAUCUGUAUUUCUACUACCUGAUGAAACUCAACAUCAUGACCGUCAAGACAAAAGUGACUACUGCCACCGAGAUGUGCACAGCCAUCAGUGCGGGAGAUCUGCUGUCUCCAGCCUCGCUGCUGAGCUGUCUCUACCCCGGAGACCACGGCAAGAAAACUCCGAACCCUGCCAAUCGCUAUCAGUUUGACACGGUUGCAAUCGUGACUUUCCGUGACUACAUAGGGGAGAUGGGACACCCGUAUAUUUGGGUCCAAAAGCUGGGAGGAUUGCAUUUCCCUAAAGACCAGCCGCAGGAGUUGGUAACCGCCGACAACUCAGUGAGUGCCAGUCACAUGGAGACGACGGUGAAGCUGCUGAGGGUCAGACUGCAGUCUCGGCUGUCACUGCAGAAGCAGUUUGCGUCACUUGAACACAGUAUAGUGCCAGUAUGCAGCGAAUGUCAGCACCUUUUCCCAACCAAGAUCCUGUCACGACUCAUCAGAUGGAGUGCUAUUACAUAUGAAGACUAUGCGGCACUGCCGUACACCAAGCACGUCAUUGAUGCCGACAUGGCCCAGGAGACGGACCUGUUCUUUUCAGCCUUGAUCGAGAGAGGAACGGCCAAGCUCCACGUGGCUAUAGGAGUGAAUCCUGGUUAUUCUACUGUCCCUCCCAUCUUCAGCAUCUGUCUCAACUGGAAGGGAGAGAAGACGAGUCGCAACGAUGACAAUCUAAAGGCUAUAGAAAGUGAGGUGAAUGUCUACUUCAGGGAGUUGUUGGAUCCUAAACCAGGUCACCAGCUGCUCACUAACCAGAUCCAGCGUUUGUGCAUGUGUCUGGACGUCUACCUGGAGACAGAGACUCACGAUAACAGCGUUGAGGGGCCCAUGGAAUUCCCGCGGGAGAAGAUGUGUAUGCGUCUUGUUAGGGGUCCGAAUCGAAUCAAACCUUUCAAAUACAAUCACCCACAAGGAUUCUUCACACAUCGGUGAAUGGACCCAUUGCACUGUCGCUGUGACACCCAGUGACCGAGCUCAGCCCAUUAUCCUGAUUUUGGACGUUUCGUAACAAGUGGAAAUUGGACCUCGGAAAACAAAUUAUGUACAACAACAUAGCGGUUCUGUGUUUUUUUAAAAAAAGAAAACUAGGAAAAUAAACUUGAUGUUGCCAUAAUUUUAUGUA